UACUUCAAUCCAGAAAAUGCAGCGAAUAAAGAACAUCAGCGCACCACAGUAGUCGCACCCGAAAUUCAAAUUUCUUGGUCGCUUCUGCACCAUCCUCAAGGAAGGGAAGGGACAGCUCGAGAGCACGACAAUGGGUUUCUUCUCGUUCCUCGGAAGGGUGCUCUUCGCUUCAAUUUUCAUCCUCUCUGCAUGGCAAAUGUUUAAUGAAUUCGGAGAGGACGGUGGACCUGCAGCAAAAGAAUGGACUCCAAAACUAGCUCUUGUCAAGAACCAUAUUGAUGGAAUUAUUGGAAAAAACAACUUCCAGAUUGAUGCGAGGACUGUCAUUGCCGCCAGUAUUUUUCUCAAGGGAUUAGGGGGCAUCUUAUUCGUACUCGGCAGCAAUUUCGGCGCUUAUCUUCUGAUGCAUUAUUUGAUACCGACAACUCCAUUGCUCUACGAUUUUUACAACUACAAAGCCGGGGAUCCCACAUUUUUUAGACUCCUACAAGAAUUCCUUCAGUGUGUGGCGUUUGUGGGGGCGCUGCUGUUCUUCGUCGGAAUGAAGAACUCGAUAUUGAGAAAGCAGUUGAAAAAGAACCAAAAGGCUAAGACAGCUUAAGCUUAAUUCAGGUUAGUUAGAUCAGUUUAUUAUUAUCAUUGGGAUGGAAAAGAAAAGGUUAGGAUUCGAGUUGGGAAAUGAAAUAUGUUUGUGGUAUAAUUUUUGAAUCUGAAUUUAUUUCCAUUUGUAUGAGGACAUCAUGUAUCUGUUCUUUUCAGUGGUGUUUUCAAUUUUGUGGGAUUUAUGUCGUAUUGAAAAUUGUACAAGUGUUAAAAAAGAGAAUUGGGACGUUGCUUAAACCUCUGUGACUCAUUAUUCUUUUUUCUUAAGCAACUUUAGUAAAAAUGUAA